UUCAGCCGGUUGUUAGUCGGUCUCUGCCAGUGACAGUUAAACCUUGAAGCUAUCAGGACCUCCUGGUCUGCCCACCUGGCUCACAAAUGUAGUUUUUCUUUUUUUUUUUUUUAACCAGGCGGUGUGAUGAAGCGGAAAGUAAACGACAUUUAGGAGUAGUCUAAAUGACUGCUGUGCAACAAGCAACUGGGCUGCAAACUCACUGAAGGCUCAUCGGCUUUGGAGAAACUGUUGCACAAAAUCCCGCUGCGAUGUCCCUGCUGUGUGUCAGAGUAAAGAAAGCCAAACUCCAUGGGCCUCCAGACAAGUUCAACGCUUAUGUGACUUUAAAGGUGCAGAAUGUGAAGAGUACAACCAUCACAGUCCGUGGGGACCAGCCAUGUUGGGAACAAGACUUCAUGUUUGAGAUCAGUCAUCUGGAGUCAGGUCUGGUGGUGGAGCUGUGGAAUAAAGGUUUAAUUUGGGACACCAUGAUCGGCACAGCGCUGAUACCCCUGGACACCAUUCGACAGUCUGAUGAGGAGGGACCAGGAGAGUGGGCGUCUCUGGACUCUGAGGUCUUAAUGAGGGAAGAUGAAAUCUGUGGUACCACCAACCCAACCCCACAUCAAGUGCUGCUGGACACCCGCUUUGAAUUACCCUUUGACAUCCCAGAAGACGAGGCUCAGUAUUGGACUAGUAAACUGGAGCGAAUCAACACCAUGCGGAUACAUGAUGAGUAUCCACUACAGGAAGAGGUCCAGAGAAGACGAAUGGCCUCUGUGCCCUCCCAGUGCUCUUUUGACGACCAUGAUAGUGCAGUGGAUGACCGCGAUAGUGAUUACCGCAGUGAAACUGGCAACAGACCUCCUCGAUUCCACAACACCUCCCAGACAAAUUCAUCAGUGCACCAGUACCCUAUAGGACGCAGGGUGCAGCAUCAAACCCUCUCUAGAGAGUCUGACUCAGUACAAAGCUAUGAACUAGACUAUAGAGAAAUGAGGGGGCCCAGUCCACCAGACAGCAGUCGCUUUGAUUCAUCAGGCAACCUCAGCCCGGCCAGCUCCCAGCUUAGCUCUGAGCCUGAGGAGCGCAGAGAUCCAGAGACGUGCCACCCCAGUGGCCCUCAUCCACCUCUCCAUAGCCAGCCAUCUACCUGGGAUGAGGAAGAAGAGGAGGAAGAAGCUGAGAAAGAACUGCAUCCACUACCAGAGCCUGGUUCCAACAAAGAUUUGAAGGACUCUUCAGUCGUCCUGCCUAAACCAAUCUUGGACAACCAUGAUAACAAGACUCAGACUAAAAUCUGUUUAUUCGAGGAUGGCCCUCCACCCUGCUCUCCAUCCAAAGUUCGGUGGCUGAAGGCAUACAAUAAAGUGAGAGUACAACUCCUUGAGAGCCGAGAUCAAGAUGGUGACCCUAGCAAGCACCCAUGGGCCAAGCCAGGGGGAAACACACCGUUUGGCAUUGACAGCAUGCCAGACCUCCGCAAGAGGAGGCCCAUUCCCCUUGUUAGUGAACUGGCUAUGUCUAUGAUACAGUCCAGGAAAGCUGGACUCGCCCACACAUUGGCCACACGGACCUCCCUGAAAGACGAGGAGCUUAAAAACCAUGUGUUCAAGAAGACGCUGCAGGCUCUCAUCUACCCCAUCUCUUGCACCACACCCCACAACUUUGAGGUCUGGACCGCCACCACGCCCACAUACUGCUACGAGUGCGAGGGACUGCUGUGGGGCAUCGCCCGGCAGGGUAUGCGCUGUGCUGAGUGCGGGGUCAAAGUGCACGAAAAAUGCCAGGAGCUGCUGAACGCUGACUGCCUGCAGAGAGCGGCUGAGAAGAGCUCAAAGACGGGGGCGGAGGACCGGACGCAGCACAUCAUCAUGGCCAUGAAGGACAGGAUGAAGAUCCGUGAGAGAAACAAGCCUGAGAUCUUUGAGGAGAUCCGGAAGGUGUUCAACAUCUCCAAGAUGCUCCAUGCCCAGCACAUGAAGAGCGUCAAGCAGAGCGUCCUGGACGGUACCUCCAAGUGGUCGGCCAAGAUCACCAUCAACAUUUUGAGUGCGCAGGGUCUCCAGGCCAAGGACAGGACAGGCUCAAGUGAUCCGUAUGUCACCAUCCAAGUCGGCAAGACCAAGAAGAGAACAAAGACCAUCUAUGGCAACCUGAACCCAGUCUGGGAAGAAAAGUUCAGCUUCGAGUGCCACAACUCAUCAGAUCGUAUCAAGCUGCGGGUUUGGGAUGAAGACGAUGACAUCAAGUCUCGGGUGAAGCAGCGCCUGAAGAGGGAAUCUGACGACUUCCUGGGCCAGAGCAUCAUCGAAGUCCGAACGCUGAGCGGAGAGAUGGACGUCUGGUACAACCUGGAAAAGAGAACAGAUAAGUCGGCAGUGUCUGGUGCCAUUCGUCUUCAUAUCAGUGUGGAGAUCGAGGGAGAGGAAAAGGUGGCACCCUACCACGUGCAGUACACAUGCCUUCAUGAGAACACGUUCCACUACUCGACAGACAUAGAGGGGGGCGGCGUGGUGAAGAUCCCGGCAGCGAAGGGAGACGAUGCGUGGAAGGUUUACUUUGACGAGGUGCAGCAGGAUAUCGUGGAUGAGUUCGCCAUGCGUUACGGGAUAGAGUCCAUCUACCAGGCCAUGACUCAUUUCUCUUGCCUGUCCUCUAAGUACAUGCUGUCAGGAGUGCCAGCAGUGAUGAGCACCCUGUUGGCCAACAUCAAUGCCUUCUACGCCCACCCCACAGCCUCCACCAAUGUCUCCGCUCCAGCCAGAUUUGCAGCCUCCAACUUUGGGAGAGAUCGUUUUGUGAAACUCCUGGAUCAGCUGCACAACUCCCUGCGGAUCGACCUCUCCAUGUACAGAAACAACUUCCCAGCCAGCGACAAGGCUCGUCUCAGCGACCUCAAGUCAACAGUGGAUCUUCUCACCAGUAUCACCUUCUUCAGGAUGAAGGUCUUGGAGCUGCAGAGUCCUCCGAGAGCAGCCAACGUGGUGCGGGACUGCGUCAAGGCUUGUCUCAACUCCACCUACGAGUACAUCUUCAACAACUGUCUGGAGCUUUUCAACCGGCAGUUCCAGCCCGCCAGCCAGCCGCCGGAGGAGCAGGGUCCUAGCAUUCAGAAUCUAGACUUUUGGCCCAAACUCAUCACGCUCAUCGUCUCUAUCAUCGAGGAAGACAAGAACUCCUACACGUCCAUCAUCAACCAGUUUCCACAGGAACUCAAUGUUGGUAAAGUCAGCGCUGAGGUCAUGUGGAUGCUGUUCGCUCAGGACAUGAAAUAUGCCCUGGAGGAACACGAGAAGCAUAGACUCUGUAAGACUGCAGAUUACAUGAACCUGCACUUCAAGGUCAAGUGGCUUUACAACGAGUAUGUUAAGGACCUGCCUGCCUUCGCAGACACUGUGCCCGAGUAUCCAGCGUGGUUCCUCCAGUUCGUUCUUGCCUGGCUGGUCGAGAACGAGGAGGUGUCGAUGGAGUUCAUGCAUGGAGCGCUGGAGAGAGACAAGAGAGAAGGGUUCCAGCAGACGUCUGAGCACGCCCUGUUCUCCAGCUCAGUGGUGGACAUCUUCACCCAGCUUAACCAGAGCUUUGAGAUUAUUAAGAAGCUGGACUGUCCGGAUCCCGCUGUGGUGGCCCACUAUAACCGCCGCUUCGCCAAGACGAUCACCAAAGUGCUGCUGCAGUACUGUGCCCUGCUGGCCAAGAGCUUUCCCUCCUACUGUGAAAAGGAGAAGAUACCCUGUGUGCUGAUGAACAACAUCCAGCAGAUGAGGGUCCUGCUAGAGAAGAUGUUCGAGUCGAUGGGAGCAAAACAGCUGGACACAGAGGCAGCCGACAUCCUCAAUGAGCUGCAGGUGAAGCUCAGCACCGUCCUGGACAACUUCAGCAUGAUGUUUGCUAAAAGUUUCCAGACUCGUAUUACCGGCUGCAUGCGUCAGAUGGCGGAGAUCCUCUACCAGAUCAAAGGCCCUCCCAACCGCAACACUGCAGAGGCAGAUGCUGACACCAUAUUGAGGCCCCUCAUGGAGUUCCUGGAUGGGAAUCUCAGUAUCUUCGCCGACAUCUGUGAGAAGACGGUGCUGAAGAGGAUCCUUAAGGAUCUGUGGAAGAUCGUCCUGAGCAGCCUGGAGAAGACCAUCGUCCUGCCUCAAAGCAACGACAGCCUGGGUGCCCAACUCCUCACAGCGGCUAAAGGCCUGUCUAAUCUCAAGGGAGGAGGUGAAGCCAAAACUUUGACACCCAAACAGUGUGUGAUCGUUGAUGCAGGACUGGAGACGAUCAAGCAAUACUUCCACGCAGGAGGAAACGGGCUGAAGAAGGCGUUUGUGGAGAAAAGUCCUGAAUUGGCUUCACUGCGUUACGCACUCUCUCUCUACUCCCAGAGCACCGACGCUCUCAUCAAGACCUUCAUCACCACGCAACACUCCCAAGUGCAUAAUGGGAUGGGUCUCAGAAUCACUGGCAAUGAAAAGAUUCGUCCUGAUAGAGGUUCAGGGGUAGAGAAACCCAUCGGAGAGGCCGUGCUGCAGAUCGACAUGAUGCUCGGGAAGGAACGCAAGGUCAACGUCAGAGUUAUCGCUGUGAACGACAUGAAGUGGCAGACAUCGGGGAUGUUCCGGCCUUUCGUCGAAGUCUCCAUGGUCGGUCCCUUCCUGGCCGACAAGAAGCGCAAGUUCACCACCAAAUCCAAGAACAACAGCUGGACAGCCAAGUUCAACGAGGCCUUCCAGUUCGUCCUGGGUAAGGAGUCCCCAGACUGCUACGAGCUCCAGGUGGCAGUGAAGGACUACUGUUUCGGUCGGGCAGACCGGGUGGUCGGCAUGGCCGUGGUUCAGCUGCGUGACGUCGCCGACCGGAAGAGCUGCGUGUGCUGGUGUCCGCUCGGGCCACGCAUUCAGACGGAUGAGACGGGCAUGACGGUGAUGCGUAUCCUGUCCCAGCGGCCUGCCGACGAGGUCGCCAAGGAGUUUGUCAAGCUGAAAUCCGAUACUCGUCCUGUGGAGGAGGGCAGAUGAGCAGCGGCACGGACUCAGGAUCAGAGACUGACGUGGAUCAGAGUUUAAAGUCAGGGCUACAUGUUGUUCACCGCUUUGUCUGUUGUUUACGAGCAGUCAUAUUCAAUCUCAGGUAAACACAGACCAUCAAAGCUUCUGACUGAUUAUAUUCAACAUGAAAGAGAGACAACUCGUAUUUAAUUAAUAAAUAAUGAGAAUCUCUCUCGAAAAGUCGAAAUAGAAGAACGCACAGUGACGAUUAUCACACCGACAUCAAACAUCAAAACACGACAAAGUGCAGUGGUCACUAUAAAUCAUGACUCACCUGAAGCAUGUGACUUAAAUGUCACUCAAGCUUCCGCUCCAAUGAAGAGACGAAAACAUAUUAAUACAUGAAACAGUCAGAAAUGUCAUGAUUUUCCAUCGUUUGAGGUUUGACUGGCGCUCUUUUUGUCUUUUUGUCAUCUUGUGGCGCCCCUCCCUCUUCUUCUGCAGUCGUUCAUUGACUUCAAUACUUGCAUAACAGUUGUGCAUGGAAACGUGCAUUAAUUCUAAUUUUCUGAUGAUUAUGGAAAUUCACUGAAAGUUUCCGCUACAUUUGGAUGGAAACUUAACUAUAAAAGUUUUCAUCACCAAUGUAGUAUUUAAAAAAAAAAAGUUUUGAUUCAUUAGAGAGAAACUUGAACUUCCUUUUUUUCUUCUACUUCUACCAAAUAACUAUGUUGGCAGUUUGUAGCAAAUGAAACUUAUCUGUUAUCCCAUCUCCAAUCCCAUGAUGCUUUUCAACAAACAUCAUCAGCUGGAAAUUUAUGAGUUUAGGUCUUCUAAGAGAAAGAUCUGACUGCUACGUAAAGACAGUUUAAUGAUCAUCAGUAACCAGGACAUGAGCUGAGAGCGAGUUGGAAGAUUUAGUUCUUUCGACUGCUAACAAAUAUUUGAUGACAUGGAGACCACAAAGUUUCCCAAAAAAUGGUGUCGGAUACCAGUCAUUAACCAACUUGAGUGACAGAGCAAAAAAAAACAUAUUUUGGUCUUUUUAAACAUGAUGGGUAACAUGACAAAAGACUUAAAUACGACACACAUUGGCUGUUGCGUCACGUAGCUUCACAUCCUCUGAUGCACGCCAAUUAACAUCUGUAGCACACACCAGACACAGUAUACAGAUACAUAGUCAGGAUCUAGUAGUCUGGAUGUGCCGAUCCAAGGAAGCCGAUAUUAUAAAACUGCUGCUUUUCUGGAGAGUUUUGCACAUCUAGACACGACGACGCACAUCAAGAAGUCAGCAAUGCGUGUUGCCCUUUAAGGACGAACUUCUGGUAUUAUAUUUUCUUCAGAGUGGGGAAAAAAAAACUUUGGAUAUAAAAGUCCUGAUGAUGAAACACUUGGAAAUGAUUUUGAAUUUAAAUGUACAGUCAUAAUUUACAUAGCCUUAAAAAAAAAAAAAAAAAAAAAAAAAAAAAAAAGCCUGCUAGCUAACGUAGCUAGCUCACCGUACCCAGUUGGAUUUAGAGAGGCUAAAAAAUAUGAAGAUUGUGUUUCGGGUCUACAGUGUUGACUUGAAAGGUAAAACAGGCAUUUUCAGAAGCAAAGAUUUAUGGGUACAGUAGUUGAAAGUAUCUGACCACUGGACUGUGGCCUGUCAAACAAAGUGCAGCUUCUCUGCACUGAGGAGAAACACGGUGUCAGAGGUUUCAAAUUUAGCUCUUCUGCCUUUUUGCCAAGUGUUCAACUGUGAACACUGUUUACUUGUAGACCUGCUCUGGAUGGAAUCAGCCAAAAGUUGAUAACCUGUUUCUAGACAGUAUGAAGACAUUUACGAGGUCCAAAUCUGGACCUCGGAGAUUUUAUUUCAGUCUACUUUUACAGUUUUUAAUUGGAUAAGAACAAAAUACUUACGAGUGAUUUGACGCCACAGCCUUGCCAUGCAUGCACAGUCGCACGCCAAUCAUACCUUUCUGAAUGUCUGAUUGGUCUUUAACAUUCGGCGUGGACUUUGCCUGGUGAAACUUAAACAUACAGGCAUUUUUUUUGCUCAGUUGGCUGAAGUGUACCAGGGGUUGAUCCACACUCAUGUCUGUUUACCAUGUGCCAAGGAACGCAAGUGUUCAGGGAGCCAUGUUCAACUAGCUCUCUUGACGUAUUUUUGAUUGUUUGCAGACAGUCGUAGCCGUUGUAGACGUCCCACUUUUUACUGCACGUUUGCCAAAACUAGCUGCACUUUGGCUCCAGCCACUAUUUGGUAGAAUUUAGCUAAAGAUAGUCUGGUAGCUCGUUAAGAGGUUCGUCUUUUUGUUUCUGCUGUAUUACGCUGAACAAAGAUUUGUCUACAGGAGGGUUUAAGUGCAUGAAGUGGGAUCUUUUACAAUGGCCGCCGCUGUAGUGACGACUGAACUCUUGCACUCUGUUUAAAACUAACUGUAAGUUUGUAAAAAAUUAAAGCCUACGACCAGAGCAUGUAUUUAUUGUAUACAAAGUAAACUAGAAUUGUGAUCUUUUUCAUGUAUGUACUGUGAAAUAUGAAGACUGAUCAAAUGUAUGUAAAGUAUCUAUCAUUAUUCUAAUGUGACAUACGUUGAAUAUAAUUGUAACAAUAUUUUGUAUAUAAAAUAUUUAUGAAUUAA